AGAGAACCAAAAAGAAAAACAAAAAAGAAAAAUAGAGAAAUAAGGAAAAAAAGAGAGCGAUGGAAAUGGUGAUGCGGUGUUGGGAUUUGUUUAUAAGCAAAGAGACGACGAGAUAUAAGAGAAGAGGAGAGAGCAAAUCCUCAAUCAUUUUCACAUUUGGAUCGAAUAGAUACGGUACAGGAAACUGUAUAAUCUAAAAGUGAGAAGGUUGUUUCUGCAUUGGUAUGGGUUUGCCACAGAAUGCUUCAGAUGAGCAAGCCCAUGAAGCUUUGUCGUCUGCUUCAAGUUGCAGCAUUUCUCAAAGUCUGCCUGUAAAUGCCACUCCAUGUGAUUCAGACGGCGUUCACAGAGGCGAGGGAAGCCUUUGCUCCUCCAUUGGAGAAUUUGAUAGGGAAAAAACAUUGGGAACUUUUGGGUUUAGGGAUUGUUGGCCCGAGAUCACUGAAGUUCGAAGAAUAGUUGGUUUCCAAUCAAAUGAAACUAGUAGCUCAUCGAGUCAUGAACACUCGAGUAUCAGAUCUCAUGAAGGUGGAUCCUUAGUCAGGAAACGAGUGAGCUCUCCUCUGAAUACGCUUUUACCUGAAAAAUUCAUAGGCAACCACCUUGAUAUCGGCUGCAGCAACCAACAAAUGACUUCUGCUAGUCUUUCUAAUGCGCAAGAUCACAAAAAGGCCAAUAUCUCAGCGUCACACAGGAGUAAACUUUCAUCUAUCGUUUUCACGGAUGGUCCACUGCUUGACUCCAGUAAUUUGCAGCCUACAAAUGGUGUGUCUUGCUUAUAUUCACCAGUUCAUGUAACAUCUCAGAUACCGGUUAAGCCUAUACCAUGCCAUAAGAGUCUAUCCGUCUCUCCGUCACUUUCUCUGUCACCUCUUGGCCCGAGAUUUAUCGAGAGAAUGAAAGCUUUACAAGGGGGCCUAAAGAUCUUCGAAGAUAGUGUUUGUGUAAGGAAUACCGGUGAAGAAGCAGAGCUCCGCACCAUCCAGAGAGCGUUUUCAAUGGAGAGAGGUAUUGAAUCAGUUCCUACAUCUCCAUGUAAAAGGUUUAGUAGAAGCUUGAGCGGACGUCCCAUUCAAAGAUCAUUGGUUGGUUCUUUUGAAGAAUCCCUCUUGUCAGGAAGAUAUUCGAAUGGGCAAAGUAAUCAGAAGAUCGACGGUUUUCUUGCUAUUCUUAGUAUUGCUGGUGGAGACAUCUCUCCAAAAUCACAGAAGCUUCCAUUCUCAGUAACAAGUGUUGGUGAUGAUUGCUUCUUACUAUACUAUGCCUCCAUUGAUCUCUCUGGAAGAUCUCUACCGAACAAAUUAUGGGGACAGAAAUUGAAAACGAACCAAAACAACUCUGAUUCUCAGAAUAUUAAUAGCCGGUUGCGGAUACCUAUGAAGGGUCGGAUUCAACUGGUUUUAAGUAACCCUGAAAAGACACCUCUUCACACUUUCCUCUGUAACUAUGACUUAACUGACAUGCCACACGGUACAAAGACCUUCCUGCGCCAAAAGAUUACUCUAGCUUCGACAAAAGCCAAAAACUCCAUAGAUGCAGACAACCAAACUCUUGCAUCAAAAUCUAGCAAAGGUUCUGAUUCAGUGGAUGAAGUUAAUUCUCCAAGUGAGUGUGAGAACAAGAAGUGUCGUGAGACUUACAGAGAAACAGGACAAUGCUGUUCAAAGUCUGGAGUCUUACGCUACGCUCUUCAUCUUAAAUUUCUUUGCCCUUCACGCAAGAAAGCUUCAAAAUUAGGUCAGAAGAAAAGCUUGGAUGAUGGAGAGAGGAGAUUCUAUUUGUACAAUGACUUGAGAGUUGUGUUUCCUCAACGACACACAGAUUCUGAUGAGGGAAAGUUGAAUGUGGAGUAUCAUUACCCAGAAAAUCCAAGGUACUUCGACGUAACCAGCUGAAUCUACGAUUCCGAAGUUGUACGGUACAUUUGUUUUUCUUUUGGUAGAAGAACAAAAGUAAAAUAAUAUUGUACAUAGUCUAAAGAAUAAUCUAUUUAAAAGAUUUUAUAGCCAAAAGGCCCAUAGCCAUUGGUUUAAUAAAAUGGCAAUGGCCUACAUAUUUUCAGAUGGAUAUUGUUAUUAGCUAGGCUUUACGUAGACGACGACAAGCAUUCGGUUUUUGUAUGCUUUGGCGCCUAAAAUUAAAUUUACGGAUUGUUUAGAAUAUUAAAC